AUGGCCGGCGUAGUGCAUCCCCAGUUCUUCGGCAGCUUCCCGCAAUACAGGAGAACUGCCACCGGAAACUCGGUGGACGUCGCGUCUAUGAAACUUCUCAAGGAAACCUAUAACGCCGCUGAAGACAAGAACGUGGUCGCAUCUCCUCUCGGCGUACUCACACUGCUGUCUCUCUACGCUUCCGGAGCUGCCAGAGAAAACAGAGAUGAGAUCGUGAGAUAUCUCGGAGCACACGAUUAUAGUGAGCUAGAGGGAUCCUACGCACGCCUCUGCCAACAGUACGACUAUAUGGACCCCAAAUUCCUAGCUCUCGCCAACAAGGUGCUGGUCUCCGACAAACUGGACUUACAAUACCAAUUCCUCAGCACAGCACACUACUAUCGCAGUGAUGUCGACAACAUCAACUUCGGGGAUCCUAAAGCGGCCGCUGAUGCUAUUAAUGAAUGGUCCGCAAGAAAAACAGCUGGAAAAAUCUCGAAUCCCGUCUCAGAGAGUGACAUCGACCCCGAGGCGGCUGUAGCUCUGCUCAACGUUAUCAACUUCCAGGGUCAUUGGCACUUGCCGUUCAAUGCCAGCAACACUAAGGAGCAGGAGUUCCACGCGGACAGAUCCACCAGCGAGCUGAAGCCCAUGAUGCAUCUCGAGCAGCCUCUAGUCUACCGCGACAGUCCAGAAUUGGGCGCCAGGUUGGUAGAACUGCCCUACAAAGAGUUCCAGUUUCGCAUGAUCAUAAUCCUGCCCAAUGAGAUCAAUGGUCUGCAGAGCGUACUGGACAAGGUGGCUGAAAAUGGUAUCCUAGAUGAUGUGUUUAAGAUGGACUCAGGAAAUACGAAAGUGGUCCUCGAUUUGCCGAAAUUUGAAAUCAAAACCAAACUGAACCUUAACGACCUUCUACCAAAGGUGGGUGUGUCGCGCAUCUUCGAGGAAGCAGCACCGGGCAUAGUGAAGGGUUAUGGUGUGGCAGUAGCGCGGGCCUUACAGGAGGCUUUCGUUAAGAUCGACGAGGAAGGCGCCACUGCUGGAGCUUUUACUGGUUUCGUAGCUGUUCCUGUUUCCGCAGACUUUCGUCCGCCGCCGCCGAUUCACUUCAAGGCGGACCAUCCCUUCCUGUUCGCCAUCCUGCAUGAGGACGUGGUGCUGUUCGCGGGCACUUACUCGCACUAGCACGUCACGUGUCACGUGAAGCGACGUGUCACGCCACAUCACCUGUGUCACGUGAAGCGACGUGACACGUAACGUAAUCGUGCUAACACGGUGCUUUUAAC